GCUAAUAUUCUAUUAUAUGAGCUCCUCCUUCCCUAUUGUUGUGCUUCCCUAUUCACACUUGCUACUCUACUAUCAUGGCUACCUCUCUUAGUGUCAAUACAGCGGGAAUUGGUGUUGGCAACCAGAUGGCACUUACUGAUCUCCGUGAAGGGAGUACCGGUCCCAUCACUGUUAUGGUCUGUAGAAAGUGGGACGUAACAAAUGUCAACGGACGCUACAUGAGCACGGACUAUGUCGUCAGCGAUGUAAAGGGAGGUAUGAUUCAUUGUACCGCACGGAAUAAUAUUGCACACUACUUCUUUGACAAAAUCAAGGAGGGUGGUGUAUAUUUACUAAAGGGUUUUACAGUCCAACGCACCGAUCAAUACCGUAUUUUAAAAGACAGCCCCUUUGUUAUCUGGUUGAACGGCUCCACGACUGUUAAGAGGGUUGACGAUACGAGUGGUUCAUUUACACGCUACCCGUUCUUACUUACCGCUUUUGAGGACCUCGAACCGACAGAGGGCAAGUAUUUUGUAGAUGUUAUAGGAUAUGUAACUGAGGUUGGCCCCCAAUCUGUGAAGGCAUCUGGUGCUCGCGCGGUUGAGUUUAAUCUAAACAACGAACGCAAUCGCCGAGUUAGAGUGACGUUAUGGGGAAAUUUGGGUGAUGCUCUGGUUAAGAAGAAGGCCGAAAACCCGGCUGUCUAUUGCCUUAUCCUUACUUCCAUGAGUGCAAAAUUUUACCUGGGCGUCCUUGGCUUGGCCAGUUCAUCGUCAACUAUACUCAUUGAUGGCUCCGAUGUACCCGCCCUGCAAACUUUUAAGUCAUCCGUAAGCUGUGUAGCUAUGGGAGAUAGCAGCGACCCAGUCACCGAGGAAGUGGUCUCUGUUGGUACCCUACAAGAACUUGUGGACAGAGUUCGUGCCGACAAAUAAAAAAAAAGCCGCCUGUGCAUCCCUUCGUGAUGCUUAAAGACGCAUUUACUUUUCAUACAUGUUCGCGUGUUAUGCCUGAGGGGAUGACCCAAUACGUUUGUGGGCUACAACUGCUUGACCAGGCUGGAGUGCGUAGAGACGAGGUUUGCAGGUUAUGGCCUGCCAAUUCUGGUGUGGUUAGUGAUUCGAUAGAGGCCCGCCUUUGUUCCCAUACGUUGCCUUGCGGAAAGAAACAAACAUACUACGCUCUUACGUUGAAUGACAGCUGCAUGAAUGAUGACAUCGGCGGUAACAAACAUUCUAUUCAUAUACAAAGUCGUACCUAUGUGGGCCUUAAUGGGAAGGCGAUGACAUACUGUGGGGCUACCCUAUCUAGCAUAAACGCGGUGACUCCCUCUUGUGAGCCCGACACAGGUGGCACCCAGGUGCAAUCGGUGACUGUUGAACCGGGUACUGGUACUUCCGCUAAAGUGGGAGCAGGGGAGACAAUGAAAGGUCAAACCAUCGUACAAGAUGACCCAGCGGAUAUCCGGCCUGUUUUAUGCCCACCGCCAAGGCAUUCUUCCUCCCAUUCUACCCAAGGUCUGCCCUGUUAUCUACGAUGUU